AUGCCUCCACGACUACGACUACGUUCUCUUGCGCAAUUGGCAGAGCUUCAUCUCGAGCAGACCACCUAUACCUGUGGGCGAUGUCAAUAUGCGACAGUUGCCACAACACCAGCACCCCCAGACGCGCAAAUGCGUGCUUCUAUGCCAACAUUAUCACAAUACCCUCCUAGCCAGCCUCCGUCCCAUCGAAGUCCCGCGCACCGAAAGUCGCAACUCCUACGAUCGUACGUCUCCCUCCUGCAAACAACACCACUCAUCGUCCUCUUCCAACACACCAACCUUAAAGCGACAGAAUGGGUGGGCAUUCGACGUGAAUUGACAACCGCUCUGCAAAAGAUUGAUCAGCAACUUGUCGCCCAAGGUGCACCGGCAGAAGAUCUCAUUGGAGAACAUAUCAAACUACAGGUCAUUAAGACGAACAUCUUCGAACCAGCUCUCCGCAUCGCCGAGUAUUUCAAACCUAGCAACCUACCUCAUGAACCAAUGGAAGAGCUAUCCGGGAGACAUUCAGAAAAGGAAGAUCCGUCAUUGAGACAUGCGCUCUCUGAAGCGGCCUAUCGAACAGCGCAGGAACAUCAGAACGAACAUCCCUUGACCCCUCUUCUGUCGGGUGCGGUCGCUCUUUUAACCUUUCCGGCUGUCUCACCUUUGCACAUCAAGACUGCCUUGUCCAUUUUGUCACCACAAGCACCUAAUUUCCCCGCUCCUACACGCCGAGCAGUUCCAUCCCUAUAUGACCCUCCAGUCCAGGAUGGAUUAAAGAAGCUGCUUCUUCUCGGCGCAAGGAUCGAUGGACAAGUCUUUGACAUGGAAGGAACUCGGUGGGUUGGGAGCAUUGAUGGCGGAAUUGACGGGUUGCGUGCUCAGUUGGUGGCUCUCUUGCAAGGACUUGGUGCAGGAAUUACGAGUACCCUUGAGGGCGCGGGUAGGAGUCUGUGGCUUACGCUGAGGAGUCGGAGAAACAUGCUGGAAGAAGAGAAGCCAGUUGAAGGGCGGAAAAAGGAAUGA